AUGCAGAAAACCAGAGAGAUGAGAAUAGACAAGAAAAGAUUACUGAAAUUCUUUAAGAGAAAGAAUACCCCUAUGGAAAGGAAAGAAUUGAAAAGUGUACUCAGAUGUGUAUACAAUGUACUAAUACCCAGGGCAAGAAGAAUUGCCAGGAACUUAGAGAAAGGGAUACUUCCUCCUGUAGCACCGUACGGAGAGAGACUCUCAUACGAUGCGAGUGCAAGUGAUGAAGAGGAAAUUGAGACUGUAAUAUCACCGGAUGUACCAGAAGACUUUCCAUAUACGCAAGCAGAUGAAGAAUAUGCAGAAGCACAGACAAGUGGGGAAAGUUCCCCUGCUUUACCAGCUGCCCAUGAUGUAAACCACAUUAAUAUAUCCUCAAAUCCUCUUUUCAUAAAUAAUGAGAGACCAUCUAGAGCUACUUCUUCUUUGUCGUAUAAUGAAAUGAACCAUCCAUUCAUGGGAGGAAUGAAUUUCAAUCCAAAUGCACGGUUAGGGUCCUCUGUAUACGAGAGACCUUCUACUGGAUGGGAUCCUAUGAAUGAAGAUGAGCCAUUCUUUCCGGAUGAAAGAAAUUCUUCUGUCAAUGAGGCUAUAUUGAAUAAUCCCCAGGAGGACCAGAGGAGUCCUUCUUCUGAGUAUAUUAGUACAGUUAGUCCAGUAUUUAAUCUACCUGAAUCUCCUUCUAAUGUAGAGAAAUUAGCACCCAGUGGGUUGGAUGUACAGAAUAUUCAUGGAAAUCAGAUGGUCUCUGGGGAAUCUACAGUCCUUCAGAUGGAUAGCCGUGCAGUAGAGAAUAGUACUGUGAAUACUUUAAGUACAGAAGGAAUGGGUGAAUUUGCAAGUACUCCAAUCGAUUUACCGCAUUAUAAGUUCACUAUUGAUGAGUGCCAGAGUAAGGAGGUCUCUGGGGAGUGUCCUUCGUAUGCAUUUCAUAUUGGAUUGUAG